UCCUGCUGUAACACACAUGACAUGGAGCCUGGGAAUUCAUACAACCGCGUGUUAUUAUCACUUCCCAACAGCUUCUGCCCGGCAGUGAUUCCACCGACGACCAGCAUUUAUUCGACUGCUGAAACAUCCUGAGUUGUCAUGAAUCAAGAAAAGCUUGCCAAACUUCAAUCACAAGUCCGGAUAGGAGGGAAGGGAACACCUCGCAGGAAGAAGAAGAUUGUCCACAGAACUGCCACAGCGGAAGACAAGAAGCUCCAGAGUUCUCUGAAGAAGUUGGUGGUGAACAACAUUGCAGGGAUAGAAGAGGUGAACAUGAUCAAGGACGACGGCAUGGUGAUCCACUUCAACAACCCCAAGGUGCAGGCCUCGCUGGCGGCCAACACCUUCGCCGUGACGGGCCACGCCGAGACCGUGCCGCUGACGGAGCUGCUGCCCGGCAUCCUGACGCAGCUGGGCUCCGACAGCCUCAGCAACCUGCGGCAGCUAGCGCAGCGCUUCCCCGGCCCCCGGCCAGCAGCAGCACUUGACACACAAGCACGCCAGCAGGUGUAUGACGAAUAUGAAAAUGUUCCAGAUCUUGUACAGGACUUUGGCGAGGCUUCCAAAGGGGAAGACAACCAUUGAAUUAUUGAAUAACUGAUGAAUGAAAACAGAACUGCUCUUGCCUCCAACCACGAUACAAAAGCCCCUUCUGUAUACCUGAGAACAGGUCUGAGAUCAGAUGUAGACUGAUGAAAUCUCGCAUGGACCAUUUUGCCUUAGACAUGUCAUCAAAUGUUCCAAGUGUUACCUGUGUUGAAGAUAUGUUAUGCUUAAAUUACAAUAAAAGAUAUUCAACAGUU